CUUCAGAUAAAGAGUACAUACAAUAAUGUUUACGACUACAAAAGAAAUCGCGAGAGUUGAAUUCCUCUAGCUCUAGACAAGAAACUGCUGGGCGAUUAUACAUUUGUAAAACCCGAGUACAAAAAAAGAACAACGCAAACGAAUAACAAUAAAAUACAAGAAUACCUAUAGCGACUGUUAUCUUUUCGAACACCCUGUAUAUGAACACGUGGGAUGCUGAAAUCAGUAUAAAAGCUACAAUUCAGUCUAAACGGCCAGUAUUAUUAGUCGAAAUCUGUGCAAGAUAGGUUCCACAGGAUGGGGACCAAGUUAUUUACAACCUUGCUAAUCGUAGCGCUCUCACAGUUUGUUGUAUGCGAAAAGGUGGUUUUUUGCAAUUAUGAAGCCAAGGCUCACCUGAGAGACGGGUUGGCCAAAUUCGAGAUAACGGACAUCGAGCCUGCCCUCCAAUACUGCACCCAUCUGGUUUACGGCUAUGCGGCGAUCAACGACGACACCCUCAAGGUCACGCCCUUGAACGAGCAAUUUGACGUCAUCAAGGACAAUUACCGCAAGGUCACCGAUCUUAAGAAGAAGUAUCCUAAGUUGAAGGUGUUGCUGUCCGUUGGCGGUAACGAUGAUGUGUCAGGGGAGGGAGAAGAGAAAAAUAAGAAGUAUAGGGAAGUCCUGGAAACAUCUGCACGUCGGCUGGCGUUCAUAAAUUCAGCUCACACACUAAUCAAAGGAUUUGGAUUCGAUGGCAUGGACUUAGCCUGGGAAUUCCCCGAAACAAAACCGAAGAAGAUAAAGAGCGGCAUUGGUGCUUUUUGGAGUUCGGUAAAGAAAACUAUCGCAGGGGAAAGUGUCAUCGACGAAAACGCUGAACAGCACAGAGAACAAUUUUCUUCCUUGAUUAAAGAGCUCAAGUCUACCUUCAGGCCAGAUAAUUUGUUGGUCACUUUGACCGUUUUGCCAAAUGUCAAUAGCACAGUGUAUUAUGACCCAAGAGCUCUGUCACAAAAUUUGGAUUUCAUCAUUCUUCACGCCUUUGAUUUCUACACACCACAACGUAACAAGAAACUAGCAGAUGUACCUGCACCUUUGUAUGAGCUCAUCGAUAGAAGAAAUGACGAAAAUGUAGAUGCGUGGGUAAAAUACUGGUAUGUUGACAAAAGUAAUGGAUUCAGGUUCAGGUUACAUGUUUAGGCUUAACAAUCUCAAAUAAUGCACGAGAUUUCGUAAGAAUUGUACAAUACUGGCAUGGUAGAUUUCAAUGUGUUCUAGAGAGAAAAUCGUGCAUGUUGAUAUCUUGAACUGAAGUUGCCACCCAAACCGGGUUACUUACAGCUGUACCAGUAGUUUAUUUUAUCCUUUAGGUUAAGCAAUGGAGCUCCAGCCAGUAAGCUAGUCCUAGGUAUCCCAGCUUAUGGCAGAACCUGGCAUUUGGAUCCCGAAUCCAACGUCGAAGAGCUUCCAAUCACUGGAUUGGACGGACCUGGAGAACCAGGACCUCAAACCAAGGAAGCAGGACUGCUGAGCUACCCAGAAAUUUGCACCAAGGUGGAAAAUGUCAAAGGAGGAAAAGGCGGUAGCACACCGAGUCAGUUCAAGAAAGUAUCUGACUCCAGGAGACAAGGCGUUUAUGCUUACCACAAGCCAACCGAGAACGAGGAAGAAAAGGAAGGUUUGUGGAUAGGUUACGAAGAUCCAGAAAGCGCGGCAAAUAAGGCGCUAUACGCUAAAAGCAAAGGACUUGCAGGUAUUGCAGUUGAUGAUAUAACUUUGGAUGACUUCAGAGGAGUGUGUGGCCAUAGCAGAUACGGAAUACUGAAGUCCGCUGUUAAUGCUUUGAUCUAAUGUACCAUACACACUACCAAAUAUAGCUUAUGUAUGAGUAAAAUAUAUUUAAUUUACCCCAACACCGACAAAUAUGAAAGU